AAUAAACGCCUGAAGAACCGUUUCUUCUUUCUUUUUUUUUCUUUUUUUUUUCUUUUGGACUGUAGGCUCUAUGAGAAUCCAUUGAUUUCUAAAGCAUUCUCAGAGUGGGUAAGGGUUCUAACUUUGUUAAGUACUUCCAAUUGGAACCUUUUUUGAAGUGGAAAACAUUUUUGUGAUCUUAGAAUUAUAAGGUUCUAUCCCCCAAUCGUUUACAAUUCAAACAGAAGGGUCAGUGAUGCAGUGUUCCCUAGAAAACGUUCCGAGUCGACGUACUUUAUAAAUCUAGACAUGGGUUCUUAGCUUUCUCACGUGGGGUCUAUUUGGAACACUUUCUGAAAGGGGAAACACUCCGUGGGUGUUGAUUGGGUUCUCCCGGUAGGCAAGAUAUCAGUGUGACCAAACAAACCUCAGUGCAAAGUUGAUGUUAAUGUUCAUAAUAAAAUGCUUUUUCUUUUUUUUUUAAAUAAUUGGUUGAACGUUCUGGCUGAUGUACUGCAUCUUCCAGCAGAAGUUAGUAGAAUUUUGGUUUUCUUAAAACAUUUUGGAGAACUGGCAAAACCGUUUAGCAGCCAUGUAAUUUUUGUCCAUUAGGAUUUCUCCACAGGAUGAUGUUUAUUUAUUUUUUGUGAAUAAACAGCUAUAUGCUGAUGGAGAUUAAAUUCCUGACGCAUUUAUUAUAGAGGCAGGUGAUGGCACCGGUUUCAUCUGGCUGACCAGUGUGUAAGGAAUGUCCAGCUUCACCCCUGCCAUUCAGUGGUGUGAAUUAUGCAUUCAUUCAGUCCCUUUGAAGCAGAUCUGUUUCACACACACUCUCCUUUUUCCUUGCCCUGGGUUCCUGGGUCUCCCUCUAGGCUGGCUGUACAGAGGAGGCAUCUAAACCUGUCUGUGCAUUAUGAAGGAGAACGGGUCCUUGUGUCAAGUGGAGCAGCUGCCCCCUGGAUGCCUACUGGAGCCGGGCCUUAACGGGUGCCACUCUCAGAACUACAAGCUCAGCAGCCGGAUGUCAGUCGGUGCAGGAGUCCGAAACAGAGCCAACGGGGCCGUUAAGGCUUUGUGCAGUAGCCCAGAGUGCAGCACCUCCGUCAGGCUGGAGAGCACGGAGCAGAUCCGGAGGGGUGGAGGAGGCGAGAAGGUGCUGGUGACCGGGGGUGCUGGGUUCUUUGGCUUCAGGCUUGGCAAGGCUUUGGCCAGGCAGGGCAUCAGCGUAAUCCUGCUGGAUCUGCACCAGCCACGAUUUGAGCUUCCCGACGGAGCCGUGUUUCUGCAGGGCGAUGUGCGUGACUAUGACACCCUGUAUAAGGUGUGUGCUGGAGUGGACUGUAUAUUUCACACUGCGUCCUACGGCAUGUCAGGACCAGAACAGCUCAGGAAAGAGCAGGUGGAGUCUGUCAACGUUGGCGGCACCAACAACACCAUAAACGUGUGUUGUGAGCGUGGUAUCUCCAGACUGGUGUACACCAGCACGGUGAAUGUGGUGUUCGCUGGGAAGCCUAUCGAGGACGGGGACGAGGACUCUGUACCCUGCGUGCCUCUGGAUAAGCACAUAGACCACUACUCCAGAACCAAAGCCAUCGCCGAGCACCUGGUCCUCACCGCCAACAGAAGACCCUUACACGGCGGUGGCCUGCUGCAGACGUGUGUGUUACGACCAUCGGGUAUCUACGGUCCAGGGGAGAGGAGACACCUACACCGUGUGAUGGUGAAUGUGGAGCGCAGGCUGUUCAGUUUCACUUUCGGUGACCCCGAGGCCAGGAUGAACUGGGUGCACGUGGAUAAUCUGGUCACGGCUCACGUCCUGGCAGCUGAAGGCCUCACGCCUGAGAGAGGCUGCGUCGCAAACGGACAGGCCUACUUCAUCAACGACGGGGAAUCUGUUAAUGUGUUCGACUGGAUGACGCCGCUGUUUGAGAGACUGGGCUACGCUCGUCCGCUGAUCCGGCUCCCGGUUUCGCUCGUCUACUCAGCAGCGUUCCUGAUGGAGCAGUUACACGUGGCUCUGAGGCCCGUGAUGGAGAUUCCUCUGCUCCUGACCAGAAACGAGGUGAGAAACAUCGCCGUGAGCCACACCUUCAGGAUCGAGAAGGCGCGUAAGGAGCUGGGCUUCUCCCCGAAGAAGUACACCCUCGCCGACUCGGUGGACCAGUACCUCCAGAGCCGACCCGUCCCAUCCGCUUCCUCCCUCCAGGAGUCGCGGUCCUUCCUCUUCGUCCUGAUGAUGACGAUGAUGAUGGUGCUGGUGGGACUGGUGGUGCUGAUUCUCUGCCCACGCUGGCAUCAGCAUCAGCGUUAACACCAAGUCCGGCAAAGCUCCCAUCCCCCGACUCCUCCCUUAAACCCUGCUUCCUGAUUGGUCCACCUCAGCUGCAGGGCAGCAGGAACGCCCUAAAACGAUACUAGUCUGUAAAUAUCUGAGUCACGUGUGGUUUUGUGGUUUAAUAAGUCGAUUUCGUGUAUUAUCCACGUCUGUCCGAACAUCUCGGCGUGAGACCUUACCGAUCCUCGACCUGUGUUCAUAUUCGAAUAUAUUUUAUGAGUAUCGGCGAACAGCAUGCUUUUAUAGAAACAAUAAUCAGUGGUGUGAUGAAGUGGCGCUCUUGCAACUAGCAAAAAGUUGAUUAGUUUCCUAUAACAGCAUGCCCUGAAGUGUUUUAUUCCUCUUAUCCCACAGCAACGCUUACUAUUAUUAUUAUUAUUAUUAUUAUUAUUAUUAUUAUUCAUUUAUAUAUUUAUUCAUUCCAGAACGCGUCAGACUUUUAAUCCGUUUAAGCUCGUGGGCCGUCUACGAAACGACACUCGCGUCGUAACAGCGGCCGUUACGUGACCCUCGUCAGACUCUCUCGGAGUUAACAAUUAAAAAAUCAAGUAAAAAAACAACGCAGUUCGUCACGUUAGCGAGAAACCGCUAGAAGCGUAAAACUCCUCCGUCCUGGACACGUCGGGAAAGUUACAGCGUUACCUCCUGACUGUUACAAAGCGCUGACACUGGAGACUCCUUCCAUCAACUUCACUGUAUCGACGAUUACACGCGUUGUUUUAUUUAUUUUUUUAAAUGUCCAUCCCAAAACAAUUUAGCGGGUUACUAUAGGAACGAUAACGUGUUACGACGUGAUUUAGUCUGCUCGGGAAGAAACUAAAACGGCUUCUUUACGUAAUAAUAACUUGGUCCGAGUAAAGGAGAUAGAGGACGAUUCUCAACGAGAAGCGAUGAUUCUUCUCCAUCAAGCAGGGAAGGAGUGUGUGCUCUGGUGCGUGUGUGUGUGUGUGUGUGUGUGCUGAUGUACAUCUUAAACGAUCCAUGUUAAACAGUUAUUUUAUGAAUCGAAAGCAUCCAGCGUUUCCAUGAACUUGGAUGAAGAAUGAAAGGUGGUCACGAUUGGACUGAACACCACGACAGACAAGUUUGUUCUUGUUCUUGAUCACAGCGUUUAGUCUCUGGACGGUGAUUAUUCCAAUGGGAAUACUCAAAGCACCCCCAGUCCAGCAGUGCACAGGCUCCAGUGUUCAUACCUCCAGUACAUAUGUGGAUAUUUCACACGUAAACGCAAGGUCUUCGGAAAACACAAGCUUCUAAAAGAAGCCGACGCCCACGUUCUCUUUUCCUGGUGAGGACAGGAUUACGGUGUUCUAAUCCAGACGCCAUAAACGCAAGUCCUAGUUCAUCGUCAUCGUGUAGCGUUAAUAUAAGACUCAUUUUUGCUUGCUUGAAUGUGUGAGAGUAUACCGUUACAUAUACACACACACACACACACACACACAUAUAUAUAUAUAUAUAUAUAUACACACACGAUACACUAGCGUUUCAGGUUAAAUCGGUGAAAUGAGCGACCUUAGUUUUAGACCAAAGUAGUACUGGACAUUAGUGUUAAGAAGGAAAUGUUUAUAAUAAUAAUAAUAAUAAUAAUAAUAAUAAUUCCUUAGAUUUCUAUAGCACUUUUCUAGGCACUCGCGGCGGCUUUACAUUGUAUGGGGGUGGGGGAGGGGGGGAAUCCCCUCAACCACCCCCAGUGUGUAGCAUCCACGCGGAUGACUUUAUAUUCAUCUAAGCCUUCAAGAAAAUCUUCCAGUCUGCAUAUCCGAGCUGCUGGAUCCGACCCUAAUUAUACGUGCAGCUGUGAAUCAUCAGU